AUGUGCAGUGGAUGUGGAAUGAAAAUGUGUAUUGAUUGGAGCACAGAAGUAUCUCACUAUAUCAUACCAGGGAUGUACAUUACAAGGACUUUCUUUCCUCUUCUUGUUAUAUUUAUUGCUUGUACAACUCUAGCCACAAAUCAUGUGAAGGACAUUACAAACAACAAAUACAUUAUUGAUAUGGUUAAGUUUAUUUGUUCUUGGAUUCUUAUGAUGUCAAUGAUGACAGGAAAUGGGUUUAUCUUAAUAGCAAUGCUGCUUUCUGUUAUUACAAGUAGAAUUAUACUACAAAAAAUGAAGAAGGAUAGGUCUAUAUCCUGCUGUUAA